UUUGGCGGGAGAGGACAGUGAGUCAGAGAGCGGAUAUGCUCGGUCUGGUGAUAGAGAGCGGAAAUUAAGUACGAUCAGGCACCGGCGUUUAGGCUGCCGAGGUGUGUGUGCCUCAAUGUGUGCCUGGCUGACGUGCACCACUUAGAUUCAAGCAUGUGUAGAGGCCACCAGUGGACCUCAUUGGUAUCUGUCCCACGAGUGAGAUCGCCUUCCAUUGAGCUUGCGGGGAUCUUGACUGCCUGUGCUGUAGCAUCUUGUACCUUCAGGAAAAUGCUCUGCCCACGGGCAUCUCAUUGCGGCACAGCAAUUCCCACGGCGCGAAGGUCACUCUGCUACGCCAGGCGCUUGGAUCAUAUACUCAAUCAUGGAGGAAGCAUCAGAAGACGGUGCUCACAUUGGCUGAGCUCUCCUUGGCCAAGCCUACGGCACCCACCUCUCAGCUGACGUCGGUCUCGAUGCUGAGCACUCCCCAUGAUGGCG